GUCCUGCGCCAACCACCGCCGCGUCAAAAUGGCGGCGGCGGAGUCCAGCGACAGUGACGAGGAGGAUUUGGUGAGCUAUGGCAGCGCGCUGCAGCCCCUGCAGGAGGGUGAACGAAUUAAAAAGCCAGUUCCUCUUCAAGAACAGACUGUUAAAGAUGCAAAGGGACGAUACCAGCGUUUCCAUGGAGCGUUUACUGGUGGUUUCUCAGCAGGUUACUUUAACACUGUUGGCACAAAGGAAGGGUGGACUCCUUCAGCUUUUGUAUCAUCACGGCAGAAGAGGGCAGACAGAACCGUCUUUGGACCAGAAGACUUCAUGGAUGAAGAGGAUCUUAGUGAAUUUGGGAUAGCACCAAAAGAUAUUACAACCACAGAUGAUUUUGCAUCCAAAGCUAAAGACAGACUAAAAGAGAAAGCUAGACAGAUCGCAGGAGUAGUUGCUGCCAUUCCAGGAACCACUGCAUUUGAUGAUUUAAUAGGACCAUCGAAAAUAACAGUUGGGGUUGAAUUGUUACGAAAAAUGGGCUGGAAAGAAGGACAAGGAAUUGGACCACGCGUCAAAAGAAAGCCACGCAGGCAGAAACCUGACCCUGCAGUGAAAGUAUAUGGUUGUGCGUUACCACCUGGACUGUCUGAGGGUUCUGAGGAUGAAGAGGAUGAAUACCAGCCGGAAAAUGUGACAUUUGCACCAAAAGAUGUAAUGCCAGUAGAUUUGACUCCAAAAGAGAAUGUCCAUGGACUUGGCUAUAAGGGUUUGGACCCCUCACAAGCUUUGUUUGGUGUGUCUGGAAGAGAACACCUCAAUCUUUUCACAGGUGGUUCAGAGGACACAAGCAAUUUGCUUGGUGAUCUGAGACACAGUAAAGGAAGAAAACUAGGUAUUACGGGUCAGGCUUUUGGUGUAGGAGCUUUAGAGGAGGAAGAUGAUGAUAUUUAUGCAACUGAAACACUCUCAAAAUACGAUACAGUUCUAAAAGAUGAGGAACCUGGAGACGGCUUGUAUGGCUGGACAGCACCUAAGCAGUAUAAAUCCAAAAAAAGGUCUGAAAGAGAUGUUAAAUAUAUUGGCAGAAUCUUGGAUGGUUUUUCCUUGGCGUCAAAAUCAUCAAGUCCAAGCAAGGUUUAUCCCCCGCCUGACCUGCCACGCAAUUACAGACCAGUCCAUUACUUCCGGCCUGUGAUAGCAGCUGGGAAUGAAAACUGCCGGUUACAGAAGGCAUUAGAGGAAUCGACUGGAAAACUUGCGAGUGAUCUGGCACAGCAAAGCAGGCACACUUUGGAUGCAUCUCAGAGGAGGGAACGUCUGGGAGAGGCUGCUCUGAAAGGUCCAGCUCCUUCUGUUUUGGAAUAUCUGUCUGAAAAAGACAGAGAAAGACUUAAAGAAGUGAAACAAGCAUCCGAACAACAAAUGAAAGCAAGAGCGUUGCCUCAUCAGUCUCAGAGCAGCAGGUUCCAGCCAGCCUCCCCAGAUGAUGCUGCUCACAAAUGGCAGAUGUUGUUGGGGGGGCAGUUAGCAAACGCUGGCUCUAGUGACUUCAAACCAUUUGCAAAAAAUCCAGAAAAACAACAAAGAUAUGAAAACUUUCUGAAAAGUCUUAAACAAGGAGAAAAAGUAGAUACAUUGGAGUGUUAUUUAGACCCGAGUAUGACAGAAUGGGAGCGAGGAAGAGAACAAGAGGAGUUCUUCCGUGCCGCCAUGUUCUACAAAUCCUCAAAUUCAACACUCUCAUCCAGGUUUACCCGGGCCAAAUAUGAAGAUGAUGUUGACAAAGUGGAAGUUCCUCGGGACCAAGAGAAUGACAUCGAUGAUAAGGAAACUGCCGUGAAGAUGAAGAUGUUUGGCAAACUCACGAGAGACAAGUUUGAAUGGCAUCCUGAAAAGCUGUUGUGUAAAAGAUUUAAUGUUCCUGACCCAUAUCCUGAUUCUACCAUUGUUGGGUUACCAAAAGUGAAACGAGACAAGUAUUCUGUGUUUAAUUUCUUAACUGUGCCUGAGCCCACCACAUCUGUAACUCAAGCAACAAAUGAAAAAAUCCAACAGAAUAACAGUCUCAACAAACCAAAGAAACCUUCAAGAUGGGAUGUGUCAGAUAAAGAGAAGGAGAAAAAAGAUUCUAUCAGUGAAUUCAUUAGUCUUGCUAGAUCAAAAGCUGAUGCUCAGCAGCAGCCACCAGUGCCAGCAGCAGAAGAAAGCAGGAGUGGGCCGAGUGAAACUCUUCCCACCCAGGUAGCUGAUGAAGAGAAGGAUCAAGAAGAAGAAAGCAGACCAUCCAUGGACUUAUUUAAGGCCAUCUUUGUGAGUUCCUCAGAUGAAAAAUCAUCUUCCUCUGAAGAAGAGAGUGAUGAAGAACAGCAACCACCUACCUCCGAAAUACAUUCAGAAACCACCAAGCAAGUUGAUCUGCCAGACAACUCCUCAUCAAAUGUACAAGAGAAUGCGGCUGCUGCAGCUGAUCCUGGCAUUUCUUUGCUGCCAACUUCAAGGCAGGAAGCGGAUGCAGCAGAGGAGUUUGGACCAAAGUUGCCUCCAGCUUUUUCUUCUGGCUCUACUUGGCAACAAGAUCCAGUGGCGCCAGCAAGUUUUCCUGGGCCUAGUAAGAAAGAAAAACAUAGAAAGAACAGAGAGAAACACAAGACUAAGAGAGAACACAAACACAAAAAGGAAAAGAAAAAGAAACAUAAGAAACAGAAAAACAAAGGAAAACACAAGAAUAAAAAAUCAGAAAAAGACAGCAGUUCAGACACCACAGAUAGCAGUGACAGCCUUAGUGAUAUAGACACCACAGGCUUGUCACCCAAAGAACUUCUUAGAAGAUUAAAACAACUUCAGUAUUGAAGAGGCAGCUUGCUUUCUUUAGUGCUGUGGGACUUUGAUCUCCGAUUUUUGAUCUCCUCUGUGAUGGUAGAUCAAUUGUGUACUUUGAAGCGCUGUAGAUACUGUAUUCAUAUUGAAUUUGUUUGAAAGUAAAUGUACAUAUGUUUAUUUUGUGAUGCUUCAUAUGUUCAAAAUGUAUGGAUUAUGUAAUGUUGAAAAGACUUCUUUCAGGGCAGCAUACUCUGAAACACUGCAGGCUCUGUUUUAAUUAACAUGAAACAAGAUACUUAAGUUUAUUAAGUAUUAAAAAUAAUUUUUGUAUGGGAAGCAAUUGCCUAGGACCUCCAAAACCCUGGAGACUAAUUUUCAGUCUGAAUUAAAUUAGGAAGUUAAAAACUAAAGCAAUGUAAAACUUCUGUUGGGUACAAGUAUUUUUAGAGUCUGAUGCAGAAUUUCAGAUUGCAGUUUGGCAGUAUCUGGCUGUACGUGGGGUGGGUUGUAUAUGGUGUAUAGCCCUUACCCUAGCACAUCUACACCAAUAAACUGUCAUUUUGACACAGAUUGUUAAGGUUGAUGUACUAAGCCAUUAGUAUUGUAAUGUAACCUGCAUUACGUAGUUAGAGUGAAAACUUUAUACCACUUUCCUUUUUGUUUCAUGCAGUACAUUUAAAAAGCAAUUGGUACUUUACUGCAUUAUUUUAUUAUAAACUUUGAAAUAGUAAUUUUUUGCAUGAUCAGGCUGUUAAAAUAGAUGCCCAAAACUUCUCUUUCCCGGUGCACAGGGGAACCAAAAGAACGUUCCUGCUUAAAAUUACAAACAAAACCCUUAAACUAAAAUUCAGUGCUGUGGAGGGUAGUGCUCUGAUGUGUGUUUCAGUGUCCACAGCCUUGUGACAGCUCUCCGUGUCAGCAAGGUGAUACAGUAGCCUCGGCUUGACACCGGUUGUGCGGGUUUUAAUGCAACGUCAACAAGUAAAUUUGAGCGAGGAAAGGAAAAACAGGAAAUUUGGCCGCCAGGUUGCCUCUGUUACCGUAAGGAGACCGCCCCGCCCGGGGAUCGAACCCGUGAGCUCGCAGGACGGGGGGAAUGGAACCGCCUGCGGAGAGGGGCGUGGCGGCUGUCUGAGGGAGCGCGCGCGGCGCAUGGCGGCGGGGAGCGCCCGGGGCGGCCCCGGGCCCCGCAGUCUCCGCCGUCGCCCUCUCCGACCGAGGGGCGCUGGGGCGACCGCGAUCCGACGGCGCAGGGAGGAGAGUUCCGUGCCCGGUCAGGGGCCGUGCCCGUCAGGGGGAGAUCCCUUUUGAGAUUCUGAGAGGACACAGUGACGCUGAGAGCUCCUGCCACUUUUGCUUUGAAGACAUAAAAAUACUUUCGUGCUCUUAUGACAGAAUGGUGAAGCUCUGGGUAUGUUAUGAAUCAUCAAGGAGCUCUCUGAAGAUAUUUUGCUUAGUUUAAAAAUAUCAGCUGUAAAUGUUUUUGCAGUCACAGAUAAAUAGUAAAACUCCUGAUUCUGAAAUGACUUGGUACUUAUGCAAACAAAAAUCUAAUUGAAAUAAUUGGGUUAAUCAUAGAAAUAGAAGAUUAUUUCCCUAGAUGAAGGUAUGAUGACUGAUCCCAUGAUGCUUUGAUGCGUGAGUUACUCCGCAUGCCAGCAGUCCUCCUGGUGUUUUUGUUUGGGUGAUUACAGUCAGGCACCCUGAUCUAUUUGUAAAAGUUCAUUCAUAUUUUUAUUUGUAUUACUAAAGAACUUUGAGGCUUUACUCAUGGUUAGGGCUGCACUAUGCUUUGAACAUUUUAUACAUGCGACAAAAUGAUAGUCCCUUCCUGAAAUCACUUAAAACUCUCUGUGUAACAGACUAAGUAGGCAGAAGCUGAUGGAGAAAUGUAACAGCCUCAGGUUGCGCCAGGUUGAGGUUUUGAAUGGAUAUUAGCUAAAGAUUUUUAACCCAAAGGGUUAUGAAGCCUUGGAAGAGGCUGCCCAGGGCAGUGGUGGUAUCCCUGGAGGUAUUUAAAAGCCGGGCAGACGUUGUGCUGAGGGACAUGGGUUACUGGUGGGUUGGGCAGUGCUGGGGUAACAGUUGGACUCAAUGAUCUUAAGGGUCUUUUCCAACCUGCACGACAUGACAUAUGCAGAAACUGUGAAUAAAGUGGUCUACUCAAACUUCCUGCUGCAAAUAAUUGAAGAAUAAUAUUUUGACGAUUGUGAGCAUUUCUAGUACUGUUUUUUUAGAGCUUCUAGGUUCUUGGGUAUACAUAGAGGCAGAAGAUAGCAUAUGCAAUAUGGCACUGCAGUGUAAACUUCACAUUCUGAUUUCUACUAAUUAGGAAAUAUGUAUCAUCAUUGAUGAAAGAGGAGAUAAAAUAUUUAGAUUAGUGAAGCCCUUAAAAACAUUAUGGAGUGAAGCAAAAAUAAUACACAGGGAAAGGAGAAAAUAUAUCUAGAUGUUGGGAACUGAUAAAUAAUCAUGAGUUCUUACAGAAUAUUUUGUGAUAAUUAGGCUUUGCACUGCAACCAGAUCAUAAAAUUCCUGGGCGUCAGAGCAACCACAGGAUGAUGCGUUCUGCUCCUCGUGAGCUCCAGUGGAGACCUCGCAGGCUGCCAAACCAUCUGUUCCCUUGCCUCACUGUGUUCAUCAUUAGAGAGAUUUUCCUAAGAUGCACUAUUUUGGCUGCAGCUUGAGCUCACCUGUUUCUGUUUAGAUCCACUGCAGACAUGGAGAUCAGAUUAUUCCCUUGUUUUUUUCUACAUUUAUAUAUAUAUUUCCAAGAACUUCUAUUAUAUCUGCCAAGUCAUCUUUUCAGUAGGUUAAACAAUCCUUAUUAAUUUAAUAUUUAAUUAUUAUUUCCUAUUUUCUGACCAUUCUUGUUGAUCUCUGAGAUCUUUCCAAUUGGCCCACGUUUUUCUUGAAUUAUAUAGCCCCAUAAUGUAAACAGUAUUCCCUUUAACUGGAAAAAACCCAGAAAUGAAUUAUUAUUACAUGCUUCUCUGUGUAUGUGCCUCUGUUCAUACAUCCUGGGAUGAGUUUUUCUCUUUUUUUUGACAGCAUGAUGGUGGAGUCCCCGUUUAUUGCAUCCUUUUUUUUCAGAACUGUGAUGUAGUCCACUGUUCCCACCCCUUGUCUGUGCAGCUGAUUAUUUGUAUGUUACUACAGAAUGUCAGACUUGAUAAAAUUGACCUGAUCAGGCAGCACGCAUAUUAGGUAAUUGAUUAAAGGCUCCUACAAACUGCAGUGACGACUGCGUUGUUUCCUAUAGAGACUGUUGUAACCCUUUUAUUUUCUCGAUAAUUUAUUCAAUUUGUAAAGAUAAUUUUGAAUUUUAAUCUCCUCCCUUGUAUAACUGUAGACCCUCACCCUCUUUGGCUUCAUUUCAUUUCUGUAUUCUUUAUCUCAUUAUCUACAUUGUUAAUGGCAGUAUGAAAUAGGACUGGAUUCAGGACAGAUGCUGUGAGCCCCAGCUCAAUAUGUACUUUCACUUUCACAGUGAACCAGUUAUGGCCACUCUCUGAGUACAGAGGUGGUUUUUCCAGAUCAUUUUUCCUUAUAUGCUUUUGGAGAAGGUGGUGCCAGUGCCAGAAGCGUUACCCAGUAUCAUCUCCUGAGCCUUCACAUGCAAAACUCUUAACAUCUCUCACUGAAGUCAGUAAUACAGUAAAAACAUUAUGUCAGUUUAGGAUAUUGUUAGUUUAAGGAGGAAGUAUGCAACAAUAGAGAUGUCAAAUCAAGCCUUAAAAAUAUCAGUGGCUUUAAAUAAACUCAACCAAUUUAGCUUUGAAUUCUUAAAACAAUAAUCAGAGAGAGUCUGCCUUUAAACACUGUAAUAAAAUUGUCUUUGAGGGAUUAGGCAUUACUUUGGAUGGGAAAUUCAAUCUGGAAGAUUGUAAUGUUUCUUUUAAAUUGCAGUGACUCCAGCAUUGUUUCCUGUAAGAGAUGCUCAUAAUCCUUUCCCCGCUGCAGAUUUCAGGAAGCACUCGAGUCCUUGCCCAGUUCUGGAACAUGCAGAUUUCUUGUCUGAUGGGUAUCACUGCUUCCAAAAUUGGACUUUAAUCUAGAAUUGUUUAAUAUUUUCCUCUAAAUGUUUGAGUCGAAAUUUACAUUAUGAGAUAGAUGCAUGCUAUUUAUUUAGUGGAAAAUGGGUAGCGUUUUUGGUAACUUGCUUUUAGUAAAAUGUGGUUCUGUUUUAGCUGCUGAACAAUUUCAACAAAAGCAGAGUAGCUGGCCACUUGUCACUUAGCAGUGAGGGUUCAAUCCUGCAACAUGGCCCAGCCCAGUAAGGGAUUUAAGCCACUGCUGGGUGUGGGGCCAUUAACAAUGGUGAAGUUGUUCAUAAAAGUAUUUACCUCAAGUAGUUACAGAAAAUCUUUAGAAUUUAAUAAGCAUACUUAAUUUGGUUAUUUUAAAAUGUGCAGGCAGUUUUAAGAUUGCUAAAGGUUCUUUCCAAAGGCAUGGUAUUUAAACGUGAGAGAGCUUAGCUCUCGUAUUUGAGAGGGCUCAUGUGAUGAGUGAGUUUUCAUCCUUACGGAAAUGAUGUAAAUCACUCUCUUGGUAAUAGGCAAAUACCUCAAAAUAAUUGCAUCUUUUUCUUAGGAUUCUACUUUGUGGAAUAUUGAAAAGAUGGAUCAUACUCAUUCAGUGACAGAAAGCGGAAAAGCAAGAGGCUCAAAAAUCACUCAGGUUCUCACUUUGUUUUUUAACCACACCUCAUAAUUUGUUCAGAAAGAAAAUCUGAAUGUUAAAGGAAAGCUGUCAGAUUUCUAGGCUGAGAACACAGACUGUGUUUGUUCUCUAUUUGCCAAGAUUGGCAAAUCCUUUUUUGGGAGUGGGAUGUAGAAAUAACAGGUUUUUUUAAAAUUGAUUUUGGUAGGGGCACCAGUUUUCCUGUACAGGUGCAUUUUUAUUUUUAGAAAACAGAGCCACAUAUGUGUACUUCUAAAAAUAAACAUAUUUUGUUUUUCUACACUUGGUGCUUCUGCAGAGUAAUUGGCUGCUUAUACAGGAGUAUACAUGGCAGGUAAUAUUCAUGUGGUCCUGGACAUAAAUCAGUUUAUAUGAAUUCUUAGGAGUGUCUUUUUAAAGCUGGGACUGCAUGUAUUCUGUCUUCUAAAACAUGAAUUAUAAAUAGAUGUUAGGAAAGAAGAACGUUAACAAACUCAAUGGCAUUGAAACAUGCUUUUUAUUACAGUUUUGGUAGUGGAUUUGCAAGAUCUUGUGUGUAUUUUUCUCCUUGUCAAUAACCAUUAAAUAAAACUGCAUGAAAAAGAA